CACUCGUUUGUGAAGUCGCCUACCGCUCAGAUUAUUAAUGUCAUGUCUCAACUUGCAAACGAAUAAACAUCUGCAUAAUUUCCCUCCCGAGUUCUAUCGAAUAUAAGUUAAAUCUUUUCAAAUCACUAGUUUAUACUGUUUGUACACUUCAUCAUGAGUGGAUUAGAUUCAUUAAACGAAAAAUCGCUCACAGAGCAGCAGGAUAGAACUGAACUGGAAAAAUUUGAGACUUCAUUUAGAGAACUUCGAACUGAACUUUAUAUGAAACGGAAUGAGGUAACUAAAUUGAAAACUGAACUAGAGCGAAGCAAUCAUGAAAAUUACGAGCUUAAAACUGCUAUUGAAAAGCUCAGAAAGAGUAUGGAGGAAAAUAAAAUAAUUACUGAAAUGUACAAACAGCGGAUUCAAGAAUUUGAACCCAAAUAUUUCGAAAACAAAAAUUCUCUUAUGAAGCUAGAACUUCAGUAUAAAAUGGAGGCUUCAAAAAACAAUGCGCUUAGAGAUGACUGUCAAAAAGCAGUUAUGGAAAAAGCUGAGUUAGCUCGAAAAGUUGAUGCAUUAGAAGAAAAACGCAAACAUGACCAAUUAUACAGCUCCGACAUAACUCAAUCCAUCGGACAACUAAAAAGUGCCAUAGGCAAUAUAAAAGGAGACAUAAAAAAUGUAAAAAUCGAGCUGAAAAGUGUAACGACUUUGUCGCAAACAGUGGAUUUGGUGCAAGAAAGCGUUCAGAAAUGCCAAGAAUUAGCCGGUAUUAUUGUUGAACAGAAGCAACAAAAGGCUGCUUUGGAAGAACAGUACAUAAAAUAUAAAGCUAAAGCUGAUCAACUUGAAUCAUUUAUUCUUGCUAAUAGUCGAAUAUUUAGUGAAGAUAAUUUAGAAGCAAGAAUUAUUCUAACACAGUAUAAAAAAAUGAGCAAACACUACAAUAAAAAAGUGCAGAGUAAAAACGAGAUUUUGACCAACAUCAACAAUAUAUUAUGUCAAGAGAAGCAAACAAACAUUAAACUGGUGGAAGAAACAGAAAAAAUGACCAGGCAAAUAUCCUCAUUGCAAAAGCAUAUUAGUGAACUUCAAGCAAAACUUAUCAGUAUUUGUGGGAAGAACGAGACCUCAUUUCCACCCGAAAUACUCGAUAUCACAGGUAUUAAAAUCAAAGAUGAAAAUAUUGUAAUUGAAAUUACAGAUAGUCCGUAGUUUUCUGUUCAACUUUUAUUAUUCCUAAAGAGCUGUUCUUACUACUUUUCUACUUGCGGGUUCUUACGCAUUUACAUGUUUUUUGGUUUUUAAGAAAAUAAUGUUUUGUCAGACAUAUUAAUUAUAGCUAAAUAAAAUAAUCUAAAUGAUGUUAACUGAUAUCAGAAAGAGUGACUUCGUUAUUUAAUCAUAUGUUGCAAAUAAAAAAUUACAUUAUGUUCAGAAUACAA